ACAGCUGCGACGAAGUCGACAGUCUACAUACUAAGGGCAAAAAAAUAGUCACACAGGAUUAUUAGUCGGUUCUAACUGCUGUUUGAAAAUGUAAAGAUUAUAAAUUGUUUCACAAUUACAAUCUCACAUCAAUAUAUGGCCGCUUCUUUAACCAGCUCUCGCUCGAUUGUCGAGAUUCGCAAUCUUCUCGUGUGUGAUAUUUGUAAGAAGACCAUCAGCGAGCCGAAGACUUUGUCUUGCUCUCAUUCAUUCUGCAAGGCCUGUGUCGAGAACCUGACGACCCAAAACAAAGAGACGAAGCUGGUUUGUCCAAUCUGCAAGACCUCAAUCACAUUGGAAAGCGUCGCUGCACUGCCAGAUAAUGCGUUUAUCAGAAAACUGCUGACUGCUGUUGGUCCAAAUAGAAAAAAAAAGGGUGCCAUUUGCAGUUUCUGUGACAACGAGACUUCGCUUGCAGUAUGUUUGGAAUGUGAAAUGCUCUUGUGUCAUUCCUGUUGCGCUUAUCAUGACAAGUGGCCCAGAAACAGAAGCCAUGUUUUGCUAACCCUAAGUGAAGUGUUUCAUCACGAAGAGCAGCAGAAAAUCGGAGCGGAAGCGUUGCGCUGCAAUGGCCACAAAGAUUCCGUUUCAAAAUUUUAUUGCGACACAUGCAAGGAACUGAUUUGCAUAAAGUGUGUGAUGACCGUGCACACAAAACCUGGCCACGCGUUUGUCCCGAUUUACGAAAUCUUUUGCAAACAACAGGACGCUGUGAAGUCGAAAUGUGCGACCAUCAAUGCAAUGUUAGAAGAAGGAAAUCAGGCUUUGGGAACUGUCAAUAAGAGCAAGAAAACUUGCCAGGGAACAGCAAAAUCUACGAAGGAAAAACACACCGCUCAGAAAGUUAAAAUGAUAAAAACUGUUAUUGAUGCCAUUAAUAAGAUUUCGGAGGAGAAAAUUCAAGAAGUUGACAAAGUCUACGAUCCCGCUUGUCGUAGCCUUUCCACUCAGAGUAAAAAGAUAUCAAAUUACGUGGAAAAAGUUGAAAAGUCGCUUCAGCGUACAAAUGAUGUGUUGGAAAAUUCGAAGCUAGAGGAAUUGUUGACAGCCCAGAAAGUUAUCGAUGAUGAUAUUCAAAUGCUGCUAAGUGAAAAGCCGUCAUUUCAAGUUCAAGUCACAAAUCCACAAUCCUGUAAGGAAAGAAUUCGUUUUUAUAAGAUAUUCGAAAAAUUGGCGGAGGAUGAUAGGCUUCAAUCAUUGACGUCAGAUACGGUAAUUCUGAAAGGUGAAAAGGAGCUUGUUAAACAUUUGCUAAGAUUCCUUGACAACAGAGAAUCGCCAUUGAAGCUUUGCUACAGAGCAUCGCUCCAUGGUUGGCAGAGCCAGAAGUUUCACCAGUUGUGUGAUGGUAAAACAGGAACCGUAGUUUUGGUGAAAGUUGGAAACUGGAUCUUUGGUGGAUACACUGAUCAAACUUGGCAAAGCUGUUCAGGACAAUAUAAAACUUCCAACGCAUCCUUUUUAUUUUCAUUACGAAACCCAAACAACCUGCAGCCAUUUAAAUGCUCAUUAAUUAACGGAAAAAAUGAAAACGCGAUUUGCUGUCAUCCUUCUUAUGGAGCAACCUUUGGUGGAGGUCAUGAUCUCAACAUCGCCGACAAUGCCAACAGCAAUCAAAUCUCUUACAGCAACCUUGGUUACACAUACCAACCACCAGCAGGAUAUCAAUACAACACUCCACAAACCCAGUCGUUGUUUGCUGGUAGUCACAACUUCAAACCCACAGAAAUCGAAGUAUUUUACUAAAACACCAGGUUGAUCGAAUGAAAAUAAUACUUUUGAAAUGGGCAAUGAAAAGGAUUAUUAUAAAAAGAGGAAUUUUUUAUAUUUCCUGUCGGACGACAACCAUUUAAUUUUUUAUUUGUUAUCUUAUUUUCGUCUUUACGUCAAUACACAUUAUUCACGCGUUCGAAGAAUUAUGUUUGAAAUGUUAUGAAAAUUUAUGUAAAACAGCGCGGUGCAUUAUUACUUGGAAAUGAGAUUAUGAGAAGCACAUGAGUUAAGUAUAUACGCUUAUAUUUCAGAAUGUCCCCGAGACGAAGCAGUUGUGAUUUUUUUAAAAUUUAUUUUAAAAUGUAAAGCUCUGUUUUUUUUAAGAUU